GUUUGCUACUAAAUAAAAUAAUAAAAAAACCUUGUCAUCGAAUUGUUAACAAUAAUUUAAAAAAAGCCAUAAUUUAAACAAAAAUACGGCCGUUAUCUAGUUUUUAAAAUUUAAUACCUUAAAAAAAAUAUUAGUUUUAUUUUUAAAACUCUAGUUAGUUAAACGUAAACGUGCGCAAGUUUUACCAACAAAAGCUCAAAGCUUAAGCUAAGCUUAAAAACCAACCUACAAAUAACUUUCAUUCACUUACGUAAGCAAUAUUUUGUUUUUAUUAUUAUAAAUUCUAAAAUUUAACUGCAACGCCCGCUCUACGCUUCAUUUGUGAUCAACUGUCAGUCAGUCAGUUCAGUCGAAGCAACAGCACUAGCAGCAGCCAAAAACACUUGUGUUUUUAGCCGCUCAUUUGAAUUUGUUUGUUGUACGCGUUUUAAAAACACUCUUUCAAAAUUCUAACCUUAACAAAUUUUAAACUUCAACCACAGCCUAUGCAUAAAAUGGCAGCACCCACUGGAGCAGCGCCCGCCGGCGGGAUAGAAGGUGCCUUGUCGGCCCCCAAAUACGGUACACUGAUACCGAAUAGAAUUUUUGUGGGCGGUAUAAGUGGCGACACAACAGAAUCCGAUUUGUGUCGUGUCUUCUCCGCCUAUGGUAAUGUUAAGUCCACAAAGAUCAUAGUGGAUCGUGCUGGAGUUAGUAAAGGUUACGGAUUUGUUACUUUUGAAACGGAACAGGAAGCUCAAAGGCUGCAAACCGAUGCUGAAUGUGUUGUACUGAGGGAUCGUAAAUUAAAUAUUGCACCAGCCAUUAAAAAACAGUCAAUUGUGGCUGCAAAUGGUGCUGUCUAUUACACAACUACACCUCCAGCUCCCAUUAGUAAUAUGCCUAUUGAUCAAUUUGCCGCCGCUGUUUAUCCACCAGCCGCUGCAGCAGCUGGUGUGCCAACAAUUUACCCACCUUCAAUGCAAUAUCAACCAUUCUAUCAAUACUACAGUGUGCCAAUGAAUGUACCCACCAUUUGGCCCCAAAAUUAUCAAGGUAUUUAUCCAUGUUAAUUUUGAGGAUUAAACAAAAUACAAACCAAAAUAUAUAUAAAAAACAGCAACAACAACAAAUAAAAGUAAAAUUUUAAACCACCAUCCCAUCAUAUAUAAAAUCAAUUAAACAACAACCGAUAAACCAACCAAACAACCAACCAACAACAACAACCACAGCUAUAAAACUACAAUAAUUAUAGAGAGAAAAACAUUUUAACAACAAAUUAUUAAAAUACUACAGAAAUUAAGAGAAAAAAAUUAGAAAAAUAAACCAGAAAUUGCAACUACAAUAACAAAAACAAAAAACAACGCACUUUUCUGAAAUAUAUGAAAAAUAAAAGGAUAAAAUAGCAAACGGAAACUAAACCGAAGAAAAAAAACGUAUUUUUUUUUUUUCAAUAAUUUGUAAGGAUGAUAGAUAGACAGCAACAACAACCAGAAAAACAAACCAACUACAGCAACAUCAACAAUACAUACACUACAACAAAAACAACAAUACUGAGAGAACUACCGAAAAAAAAUUUAUUAUAAUCAUUAAGCAUAAAUUACUACAAGAAGCUCAUUUUAUAUAGAGUGUACUACUAACCUAAUACAUUUUUACUCUUCUCCUUGUACAACCAAAAAAUAAAAACAACAAUAAAUAUUACGUAUACUACUCGU